AUGGCGGUGUGCGCUCGGCUCUGCGGUGUGGGCCCGUCGCGGGGAUGCCGGCGCCGCCAGCAGCGCCGGGGCCCGGCCGAGACUGCGGCGGCCGACAGCGAGCCGGACACGGACCCGGAGGAGGAGCGCAUCGAGGCGGGCGCGGCGGCUCUGUCCGGGGCGCUGGGCGGCCGGGGCGCGGGCCCCCAGUCGCCCCCGCGCUGCUCGCUGCUGGAGCUGCCGCCGGAGCUCCUGGUGGAAAUCUUCGCCUCGCUACCCGGCACCGACCUGCCCAGCCUGGCCCAGGUCUGCACCAAGUUCCGGCGCAUCCUGCACACCGACACCAUCUGGAGGCGGCGCUGCCGGGAGGAGUAUGGCGUUUGCGAGAACCUGCGGAAGCUGGACAUCACGGGCGUGUCUUGUAGAGACGUCUAUGCCAAGCGUAUAAACCCUCGCGUGAAGUCGGGACGUUUCAUGAAAAUUCUUCCCGAUUACGAGCACAUGGAGUACAGAGAUGUUUACACCUGCCUGCUCCAUCGGUACAGACACAUUCUGGGGCUGUGGCAGCCAGACAUCGGGCCCUACGGAGGACUGCUGAACGUGGUGGUGGAUGGCUUGUUCAUCAUUGGCUGGAUGUACCUGCCUCCCCAUGACCCUCAUGUGGACGACCCAAUGCGAUUCAAGCCCCUGUUCAGAGUCCACCUGAUGGAGAGAAAGUCUGCCACGGUGGAGUGCAUGUAUGGCCACAGAGGGCCCCACAACGGCCACAUUCAGAUUGUGAAGAAGGACGAGUUCUCCACCAAGUGCAACCAGACUGACCACCACAGGAUGUCUGGCGGGAGGCAGGAGGAAUUCCGAACGUGGCUGAGGGAAGAAUGGGGGCGGACACUGGAGGACAUUUUCCACGAGCACAUGCAGGAGCUCAUCCUGAUGAAGUUUAUCUACACCAGUCAGUACGACAACUGCCUGACCUACCGCCGCAUCUACCUCCCGCCCAGCCACCCGGAUGACCUCAUCAGACCCGGCCUCUUCAAAGGCACCUACGGCAGCCACGGCCUGGAGAUCGUCAUGCUCAGCUUCCAUGGGAAGCGUGCCAGGGGCACGAAGAUCACGGGUGACCCCAACAUCCCUGCCGGGCAGCAGACUGUCGAGAUCGACCUCAUGCACCGCAUCCAGCUGCCUGAUGUGGAGAGCCUCCGCAACUUCAAUGAGCUCUCCCGCAUUGUCCUGGAGGUUCGGGAGCAGGUGCGCCAGGAACAACAGCAGCAGGAGAACGGGCUCGAGGACGGUGAGGGCCGUGGCCGGCAGAGCCCCCGGGAGCCCCAGCGGGGCCCUGCCCAGCCCAUUGUGGAGCCACCUGCCGAGAAGGUCGGGGCGCCUGGGGACGGAGAGGCCGCGGCUGCGGCUGCGCCUGCUCCUGAGCAGCCCGCCCACUCCGGGCAGGGGCAGCCGUUUGUGUUGCCCGUGGGCGUGAGCUCGAGGAACGAGGACUAUCCCCGCACCUGCAGGAUGUGUUUCUACGGCACAGGCCUCAUCGCUGGCCACGGCUUCACCAGCCCGGAGCGCACCCCUGGGGUCUUCAUCCUGUUCGACGAGGACCGUUUCGGGUUCAUCUGGCUGGAGCUGAAAUCCUUCAGCCUGUACAGCAGGGUGCAGGCCACCUUCCGGAAUGCAGAGGCGCCGUCCCCACAAGCCUUCGAGGAGAUGCUCAAGAACAUCCAGUCCCUGACCUCCUGACAGGCCACUUUCUUGCGGGGCGGCUCCCGGGGCCCUGGAUCCGGCACCUGGGAAAGGAAGCAGCAUGCACUUUGGAGAGUCGGCCUUCUGACCAGAACACCCACCUUGUAGGAGUCUUGGCCCAGCCACCCCAAGACUCUUUGUACAGAGUGUGUGAUGUUUGCGUGUGUCCUCGUUAGGAGCUCGUGGGAAGGCUGACUGAGCACGUCUUA